AUGGCUCAACCCGCCAGCCUCAUUGGUGACGGUGGCGAUCCGCGCCUUCACGAGAAGGAGCGUGAUAUUGCCGAUGCUGUGGAAGCACGCGGAGGAAUCCGUCCCCAGCACCGUCCCAUCCACGAUACUUCCGUCUCGUUCGAGGAGUACAACUACUAUGCCCAGCUGGCUCGUGCCGAGGAGGAUACCUAUGUCGACCAUGACCAGGAGCGCGGUUGGAUCUCCCUUAUCUUCCCCUCCAAGUCCGACUCUGGUGUCCAGGUCAGUACUGAGCAGAAGGACCCCGCCGCCAACAAUUCCACGGCGACUGCCAACGUCUCCGAUGACGAGUGGACCAACGCCUCUCGUGCCCUUCGUACUGCCACUCGCGGUGCCAUUUUCUACCUGAUUACAACUGAUAUUCUGGGUCCUUUCGGUCUUCCAUAUGCCUUUGGAAGUAUGGGCUGGGGUCCUGGUGUUGCCCUUUUCACCGUCUUCGCUGCUCUGGCCAUUUACUCCGGCUACCUGCUCUGGGUCUGCUUUAUGGGUCUCGACUCCUUCCAGUUCCCCAUUCGCCAUUUUGGAGAUCUCGGUUUCCGUCUUUAUGGUCCAUGGAUGCGCUACUUGUGUAACAUCUUGCAGAGCAUUCAGCUGAUUCUCAAUGUUGGUUUGAUUGUCAUCUCCAACGGAGAAGCCCUGUCCGAAGUUUCAAAGUACAAGCUCUGCUUCAUUGUUUGCUGCUUGAUCUGGGCCAUUGUCGGCUUCAUCGUCGGUCAGAUUCGUACCUUGCAGAAAUUCGGCUGGAUCGCCAAUGCUGCUGUCUGGAUAAACUUGAUCUGCAUGUUCAUCAGUAUGGGUGGUGCUGCCCACAGCCCGCCUAACUACCAGGCCAUUGGCUCAUCCGCUGGUAUUUCCAUUAACGGCGGUGCUCUUGUCACUCCCAACGCUGAAGGAGUCUAUCCACCUGUCACUACUUCUGGCGGUCUUCCCAACACCGGUGGCUUUGCUAGCUCUAUUAGCGGGGCCAUGAACGCUGUCUUCUCUUACGGUGGUGCUAUGGUUUUCCCCGAGUUCAUGGCCGAGAUGAAACGACCCAAAGACUUCUUGACUGGCAUGUGGGCUGCUCAGGCCUUCAUCUACUUCUGGUACAUGUUCUACGGUCUGUUCAUGUACGGAUACCAGGGACAGUACGUUGUCAACCCUAGUUACUUGGGUGUUGGUGGAUAUGCCAUUCAGACUGCCGGUAAUGUUUUCGCCAUGGUGAGCGCUGUCAUUGCUGCUGCUUUGUAUGGAAACAUUGGUGUCAAGGUGCUCUACAACAGCAUCUUCGUCGAGUUUCUCCGCUUCCCUCCUCUCACCACCAAGCGCGGAAAGAUCUCCUGGGUCGCUAUCAUCCCAAUUUAUUGGGCUGUUGCCUUUGUCAUUGCUGCUGCCAUUCCCAACUUCUCUGGCCUGACAUCCGUUGUUGCCUCGUUCUGUAUUCUGCACUUCACCUACACUUUCCCACCAUUCCUUGCUACCGCAUUCUGGAUCAAGAAGUUUGCCAUGCAGGAGGGUGAAGGCUUCCAGCCGGAAACCGGAGAAACCAUUCGCAAAGACUCCGGCUUCAAACGCUUUGUCCGAGGCCUCUUCUUCCCCGGCUGGGCUACCAACAAAUAUUUCUACAUGAGCAUCUUCAACAUCUUUUACUGUCUUGGUGCUUUGGCUCUCGCUGGGUUAGGUGCUUACUCGUCUAUUGAGACAUUGAAAGCGGCAUACGCCUCAAGUGUCACUACUUCGUUCACAUGCAAGAGCCCCGUGGGUUAG